CACCUCCCUCUCUUGGAUGUUUUUUUUUUCUUCUUCUCUCCUUUUCUGUCGCAGGGAGAGACUGACUAGAAAGCGGGGACGGGUCUAGGUUUAGUUUCUUCAGGCCUGGCACGUCUCGCUCUGAAUUGAGACUGGAUUUUUUUGUUCUUUCAAUGUUUCCUAGAUGUUCGUAGUUUGUUCAUCUAUUUCAUUCUGCCAUAUUGGUGAGUGUAGUGAAUUCUGUGACCAGACAAGCUUUAUUAUACCCCCUUGUGCACCCCCCCCCCACCUUUUUUUUUUUUAGAUUACUUUUUUUUUUGUUUCAUGUUUUAAACAAAAGAAAAACUUGUGUAUUAUCUCCCCUGUUUGAUACCGAGUACUAGAAAUAAUCUGUAUUCCCCUCCAUUGGAAGUUGUAUUCUUGUUAUAUCGGCCUGUUACACACAUUCGGAUUAUAUAUAAUAUAUCUACACUAAAGGAGGCAAGUGUAUUGGAGGUUUAUCUGUGCAUUGUGACCACAGCCCACUAUAUCUGAUUUCUACCAACCGCCACCAUUUCGCCCUCCAGGAGUGAAACCAUGGCCCUGGAGGCCCCCAUCACAAAAAAGCGCCGCCUGGCUGGCGGGACAGAGGUUGUGGUCUGUAAAGGGGAGACUAUCCUGAAAGACAAGGAGAAGAGAAAUGUGUCCGUGUGUGUGGGCUGCGGGUCUCACAUCACUGACCAGUACAUCAUGCAGGUGUCCCCUGACCUCUGCUGGCACGCCUCCUGCCUUAAGUGUGCCGACUGUGAGCAGUACCUAGACGAGUCCUGCACCUGUUUCGUCAGAGACGGGAAAACCUAUUGCAAGAGGGAUUACGUCAGGUUAUUCGGCACCAAAUGUUCCAGGUGUGGCUUAGGAUUCUGUCGGGAAGACGUGGUCAUGCGGCCCACGAAAGGCACAGUGUUCCACCUCAACUGUUUCCGGUGCAUCGUCUGCAACAAGCCGUUAGUCACCGGCGACGAGUUCGCCAUCCGCGAAGACGGACUGUUCUGCCGUGCCGAUCACGACGUGAUAGACCGCUCUGUGACCGCCUCCCCGUGCCAGGACAUAGGCAGUCCGGGCAGCGCUUACGGCGGCACCAACAAUAACAACAGCGGACUGUGUAAUAAUAACAACAACAACAAUCAGAACAGUCACAAUAACAACAACAAUAACAACACAGUGGGCAGCGGAGGGAAAGAGACGGAGAAUAAAAAAUCUGGUCGCGGCGACAAGUCGUCAAGGAGUAGCCACAAGUCUGACCACAAGACCACGCGGGUCCGCACGGUGCUCAACGAAAAGCAGUUGCACACUUUACGGACAUGCUACAACGCCAACCCCAGGCCCGACGCCCUGAUGAAAGAGCAGCUGACCGAGAUGACCGGUCUGAGUCCCAGGGUGAUCAGGGUGUGGUUUCAGAACAAGAGAUGCAAGGAUAAGAAGAGAUCCAUCCUGAUGAAGCAGAUCCAGCAACAGCAGGAGAAGAAUGGAGGAGGCUUGAACCGACCCCUUCAAGGUGUCCCCAUGGUGGCAUCCAGUCCUGUCCGCCACGAGCCUCCAGUCGGCAUGCAAGGUAACCCCGUGGAGGUCCAGAGCUACCAGACCCCGUGGAAAGCAUUGUCCGAGUUCGCCAUGCAGGGAGAUCUGGACCAGCCGCACGCGCCCUUCCAGCAACUGAUGUCAUCUUUUGACCAUAUGGACCCUGGCAUGCACAGCCCGCCCCACCACCAUGACUUGAUGAUGCACCCCGGACUGACCGGUAGUCCCGGACACGGAGACUUAAUGCUACAUCGUGUCUACAUGCACUCGGACGACAUGGUCGGAUCUGUGGGCUCGGACUUCUCUGGAACGCCUUCGGAAAUGUCCCACAGUCCAAUCUCUCACUGACCAACUAAACAAUGUGUUAUCGUGUGAUGUUUGAUGGAUUCUAUAGACCAUAGAGCCCGAAUGUCAUUUCACUGACCUCUCGGCCAAAUAGAGGGCCAUGUUAUUGCUAGGAUGGCCUUCUUCCGUAAGGUCUGCAGGUCAUUAUACAAGAACCUCGUCUAUUCAGAGGCUUUUUUUAAAGUCACAAAACAGACCUCAACGACCUGACUGGAGCGAACAUCAGGCGUCACGCCUAUUUACCUUCUAAGAUCAUUGGAGCUCAGACUCUUUCGACGUCUGCUACAGUCACAGCUCCAGACACUUUUCGCCAUCAAUUCGUGAAGGAACUAGCGAUCUAAGAUCACCACUAAGGAAGAUUUAAAAAAAAAAAAAACGAGAUACAAGGAACUUCCAAGUGGUUAAAUGUUCAACAAUGAAAGGAACAACAACAACAGUACAGAGUGCUUCGCCGAGAACAACAACAACAGUACAGAGUGCUUCGCCGAGAACAACAACAACAGUACAGAGUGCUUCGCCGAGAACAGAGUCGUGAGCACCCAUGACUUUUCAGUGGACAUUGUGUUUCGUCACUAUAUCUACUUCAAUCUAUUUUGUUAUACACAGUUAUACUGGUUCAACGUACGACGUGAGACUUCACGGAUUGGGUUUUCUUGUAAACUUGUCUCCACGCAAAGAUAUGUAAAGAUAUACCUUAUACGUUUAGAUUGGAUCAUACAGACGGAUUGAUCACUAUGAUAUGUAGUGUCACUAUAAUGUGUUUGGAUAUGUUUUUUUAAACAUUUAAUGGAAUGAUUGCGCUCUAGUGUUUCAACUAUUAAUGGCUAAAUAGUGUAUAGAUUUUUUUUCCUUGCACACCAUACAUACAUCUCUGGCAUCGAAAAUCUAUUAGAUCGCAUGAGGAUUUUUUGUCAAAAAGAAAUUGGUUUGAUUUCAAUAAAUAACGGAAAUAAGAGUUCAUUAAGAAUUUAACAUGAACUGUUUCUAUAUUCCAGAGAGACUUCUUGAGAUAUUUAGUCUAAAACUAUGUCUCGAGUCUCGAAUUGAAUCAUUGUAUAAGUACAAGUAUUUUAGCCGCUACACUUAAUGACACAUACAUCAGUGAAAGGUUUUCAGUCAAUUGAUAAAAUUCUGGAAUAUUUAUUGAGCUCAUAGUUUUAACGAAUCAACGAGGAAAUAUUUAGGGGAGGGGGGGAUUAAGCAAAACAAAAGUUGUUUGGAUUCCGACCUUUUGAGUUCACAGCAUCAUUACCAUUGCAAGAACAUUGGGAUUUAAAGAAAAAAAAAAGUAUAUGUGGUCAAAAUACAUUGGGAUGGAACGGGGUGUGGGGGGUCAGUCAAAGAAUUGCGUUAGAGGAGAGGCGGGACAAGGAGGAGCGUGUCUUCGAGUUCGUUUGUUUGACAUGGGAAGAGACCUUUAUUUAAAAAAAAUAUAUAUAUUUAAUGUCAAAGGUUGGGACUGUACUUGUAACUUUUGUUUCUAAUUUUUUUUACAUUGAAUGUGAAUAUGUGUUGAUGUGCAUGCUUGUAUUUGUCGGUUCAAAUAGAAUUCUACAUAUUACAAUAAGAGAAUAAAUUAUACAAAGUGUGUGUGUAAAUGACGUCACGUAGAUCUUUUAUUUGGAAGUGAAUUUAAGUGUGCAGUGCGUGCAGCCUUCACGUGACUCAAAGAACAACAAUGAUUGGCUACUUGUCCAAUUGGUAUGCUGGGUGCAUGAACUGACCUGUACAUAUGGUGGACUCUCUGAAUACAAUCUAUUUUUAGUCGUGUCUAUAUUUCAAUCGUAUUUAUCCUGAAUUUUCAUGUCCAACCCACCGUGUUAUUUAUUGAAUGACAAUUUAUACUUGUAUUGUUCUCAUAUCAUCUUGUCGCGGAAACAUUUGCUCAAACUGAAUUUACAACCUAGAAACGAAAAUGUGUUUGUUUGUUUUUAUAUCUCGUGACAAACAAUGAUAGCAAUAGGUACUGGUGAUGUGAUGAUGAGGGUCAACUGAUGAUGUGUGUUCAUGUAUGACUAUUAAUUAGGUGAAAUAUAAUAGUCUUUUUACACAAAAGUUGAUCUUUUUUUUUGCUUCAAUUUUUGAACGAAUUAGUUUUUUAGUCGCUUUUUCUUCUUUCUUUUCGUGUUUGUUUUUUUCUAUCAUUUUUCUUUUUUUUUUUAAAUUACUUCCGUUCUCUUAACUCUUUGUCUUCACAGAUACAAGGCUAUAGGUGGGAGGGGCUACCAUUAGCCAGAGUCUUUUUAUAUCUAUCUAGAAAGAAGCAACAGCUUCUGCAUCAUUAUCCUAAGUAGAUCUCCUUUCAGGCCAGCAGAAUCACCAUUAUUAACUUCUGUAGUUUCCUGUAGGUAUAAAGCCAGGGGCGUAGCUAGGAAUUUUCCAUCGUCUGGGGGCCCAGGGGGCUUGACCUCUUUGAGGGCCCCUGCAUUUUGCGUAAUAAUUAAUUUUUAAUGUAAAAAGAAACAAUCACUUUCAAAUUCUCCCUCCUCCCCCCCCCCCUAGCUACGCCACUGCAUAAAGCUAGAACUUAAUUCCUAAAACUGACUAGAUUAAAACUCCCAAACAAACAGACCUUCGCCCCCCUCCCUCCCCCACUCUAAGCCCUUGGGGCUCUUCCUACCUGCCUUUUUUUUCGUAUGUCACUGGCAGUGGCAAGAACUGACCACAGCUGAAGGUAGCCACUGACAAAUGGGUGACCUGUUCUUGUGGGACGCGUUGACAUUAAUUUGCCUUGACACACAGUGGACCAUCGCUGGGGAAUCCCAGAGGCCGGCUCCUUUGAUGGCGGGCGUGGUACAAAUUAGAUCUUUACGAGAUGUCCACUAGGUCGUUAAUCUUGGCUUGGAAAAACAAAACAUGGCGGAAAGAUAAUUAAUAUCUAAAGGACACAAAGAUUAGAUUGCGAUAAUUGUUGACUCAGUAAAGUGUUACAAGUGAUACUGAAAACAUAUAACAAUUCUACGUUUUCAUACAAGAUGUCAUUCAAUGAUUUAGUUUGAUAGCAUGUAAAAAAAAAAGCAAUGUAUAUAAAUAUUUUAAAAUCAAUUCUUUUUCUAUGCUCAAAUAAUAUAGUAAACUAUACAUUCGUAUUUUAUUUGGAAUUUUUAAAAAUAGGAUUUGUAUGGAGAUUGAACACAUGCUACUAGAGUUAUAAGGACGUCACUCUAACGAACUUAACUAACCGGACCUACAAUAAACGGUCAAAGACUAAUGUAUAGAUGUAGGUCUCUAACUAAUUGAAUCGCAAAGAAAAAUGGAUGCCAUUUAUUGCCUUCCUUUCGUAUAAUUUUGAUCAAUUCAGUGAUCCAUGACCUGACCUUUCUGAAAUGUUAAUAAAACUGUGUUGUAAAGCAGCACGAAUUUAGGUGCGAAUUUUCAGCUCGAUAGGAAAAUGAAAAUUAAAAAAAAAAAAUAUGUUAAAAUAUUUAAAAUUCUGCGUCUUUAGAAUCUAUUAUAUCAGUAAAUAAUGUAUUUUAUUCGAUGUUAUCAGAAUUAUUACAUAAUGUAUGAUCUGUCAGAUGAGAAUUUAAAAAAAAAGGUUGAAAUUCCAGAAUGUUCCUCAGUUCAUCAAGUUCUUAUGGACUUCUUUGGAGUGGGUUAAAGAAGUUUCUCUUUGGCCACAUCUCGUAAGUCAGUGGCCACUAACACGAGUUAAACUGACAUUUAGAAUCGCUGAAAGCGCACCCGCGUUGAUGGUAGGAAAUAUACGUAUGGAAAGCCUUCCACUCGCCAGUUCUAAUGGCUGUAAGACUGGGAAAUAAGGGGAGGUGAAUCACAACUCCCUAUUACUGCUUCGUUUUCCGCAUUACUCGUUGCAAGAUACAGGAUCAUUAGAACAGUGAAAAUCUUGGUGAAGUGAAUCCACUGACACACAACAAUGGACAUCCACUCGUGGAGCGGUACACUUCAAAGGGACUAUGGCGACAUUUUUGUGAUGUCUUCACGGUUGUUUUGUUCUAGCCACGAAAAGUAGACACCAUGUUUUCAGGUGCAUUUCACCUUGUUCUCUGAGCCGCUCAGGGGCGCAUUGACAAGUAGUACCAGGGAUUAUCUAACUACGACUUGAAAAAGUAGUCUCUGUAAUUUUGUCCCCAGCUUUGUCAGUGGCGGCGCGAUUGUAAAACGUUGCCCUUUCAGACCUUGCGAUCUAUAGGGCAGAUGAUGUUGAGGUUAUCCAUUUCUUUGGCCAACGGUUGACGAACAAGGUGUCAUGUAGCCAGCACAACGACCAACCGCCUUUACUUUCCCCAACUAAAGUCAGGUACCCUUUAGAGUUGGGCCGACUCUGGGGCGUUUUGGGGUGCUCGUAUAUUUGUGACAUGGUAGCGACGCUGUUACUAAAGUAACAAUUGCAGUGACAUUACGAUAAGAACACACAAUUCAACAGGGUCACAGUAACAGCUGAAAUAACUGAAGCUAUUGGCAAGCAUGGAUAGCCGUGUUCACUGGAUGGCCGUGUUCACUAGAUGGCCGUGUUCACGAGCUGAAUCCCAAGUUUUUCUAACCUUGUAACUCUGUAAACUUCCGAAACAGACUGACAUCUUUAAAAGCGAGAAUUUUGUUUGACUUUCUCAAAACGAUUCUUGCAUUUAGACAUUAUUAGCGCAUAGACUUACAUGAAAAUAAUUCUUAUUGCUGCGUUUGGUUGUUUCGGUUGUUUGAGCAUAGAUGGUGAACACUCGUCAUUGAUACUUCAACUUCAGUCUGUGGCGGCCCUAAUUGCGUGUGUAUGUAAAAAGUGAGGACGCUAUCCAUUUAUCUGGAUAAUCUAAUCUGGAUAAUCUAAACUUAUCCCUAGUUUGACCCAACACAUAUUUUACCAAGCAAAACAUGACGCGUAAGGUAAAGGCUCACAUCUUUGUCCACCACUCCAUACCCGCUGUUGUCACUGGGGAAAACCCAUUCUUGUUUUCAAAGUCUGUGACUUUCUUCAUGUCAGUGUCCCUUUCAUUUGUUAUGUGUUCAUUUCAAUGUUACUGUACAGGACGAGCCCAUGGACGAGAGAUACAGAGAAUUUGGGGGAGGGGGAGUGUAAGAGAAUCUUUUUUGUUUUCCACAUGUGUAUGUGUUUGUGUGUGAGGAUAACAUUUUAUUAUUUUUUUAAAGUAGUUCAAAUGUUUCGAUUAGCUUUUUCGGCACCGUAUGUAGAUUGCAAUCUCCCCGCCCCGCAGUUUCAUCUACACGCGCCGUCUCUGGUCAAAAGACAUUUGUUUUAGUAAGUGUCACCUGUCACUUGUCACUGCCUUUCCCCCGUCUACUUUGAACAUUGUCUUAAUGACCUCUGUCCAGUUGGCCUGUGUCGGGAUGUGUUACUUCAUUUGGUCAGCCACGUCCGCUGCCAAGUGACCAAUUGCUACUCUCUUUUUCUCCUUUCCAAUUCCUUCCCCCUCACAUCUGUGCGAUGUCCCCAAUGCAUUAAUUCAUAGCUCUAUAUAUUUAUUAGUGGAAGUGUGUAUAUUCCUUUUUUUUUUUUAUUUUACAAGUGCAUACACUACAGACCAAUUGAACAUAGGUGAACUAAAUCUAAAUGUAUAGCUCUAAACUAUUGGCCAUUAAGUACAGCAUACCCAUUGCAAGUUUUCAGUACAUUUUGUAUACUGACCACUAAACAACAAACCAAAUCCACUAAGGGAUUGUGCAAUCAAUCUAAACUUCUUAACAACAAACCUUUUGUUUCUUUUUCUUAGUGUGUGAUUUAUUUAUUGAAAUAUACUGUGACUUACGUUCCGGUUGUAAAUGAUGAAUGAUUGUAUGGUAUGUGUGUGUUGAAAGUUGUAUAUUAACUGUAUUCAAAUUUCUGAAACCAAGUGUACGUUUGUUUAUAACAAUAGCGAAAACUUUUUAGCACGUUCUGGAUCAACACUACCAUCAUAUGGGAACCACUCGAUAUUUUUUUUAAAACUUAAAAAUGAUUCUCCUUCGUGAAGUUGUAAUUCUUUUUUAUUUUUUAGGAAAAGAAAAACAAAAUAUUCAAUAUGCUUCAAUAGAAUUGGUUUGUAAAUUAAUUCCUGACAUUGUUUUUGUGGGAUAUAAAAGACAUUUCAUUUUAAAAAAUUCACUUGACUGAUAAUUACUCCACAGUUGUUGUUUUUUUCAGUCGCAGCAAGCCAAUUGUUUCAAGACUCUUGAUUCAAUCAGAUAAACCAAACUAUUUUGCUUUUGUUGGCUGUUAAGAUUAAGAUAAGUUUUACAAUUAUAUAAAAUCAGUUGAGACCGAGGCUCUCAUAACGUGGGAUAUGGUUCAAUAGAUUAAUUGGCUUCAAUUUCUUUAGUCCAAGCUGUUUGUUCCACUGACAACUUACCAGUGCCCACGAAAAGGGGUAGGUGUGUGUGAGUAGUGUGUUUGUGUUGAAUGUGUGUGGUAUGAGAUGUGUGUGUGUGUGUACGCGUGCGCGUGGGUAGGAGGAAUAUAAAGUUCUCAUUUUCUGUCUUUUUAUUUCGGUCAUUAGAAAAUCUGUUUUAAAAAGCAACAGAGAAAGAAAGAAAUAUAUUGUAUUGUUAAUUCCUAGCGCAUUUAGUCAAUGACCCCCGGACUAUUUUGAAGUCUGCCAGGGAUCAUUCUCUUCCAGGACUAUUGUACACAUUUACGUUUCUUUGAUGUUAAUAAAUAUAUUUCUAAUCAGUUUCUAAUUAUUUUUAUUUCACAAGUGGUAAAAACAAAAAAAUAUUUGUUAUUAACGUUGCUAGUUUGUGUCGUAGUCCCUACAUGUUAUCAAUAUUUGUGUCUCCAUUUGUAUAAUAGUUAUGUAUAUGCAUUCAAUACAUUUGUAAAUAGUAUACAUUUAUUUACUAUACAUUUAUUUUUAUGAGUUAUAUAAAAAAUACUUUUGUGUUUCUCCUGUACAAAAUCAGAUGUUCUAUAAUUGUUUAGCCGUGGAGUCAGCCAACGAGAAAAGGGCUGGUACACAUGUACUCUAGUGUUUGUCUCUGAAUUAAUGUUUGACUGGAGAAUGAGAAUGUCCGAAGUCUAUAUAUGAAUACAAUCACAUGUGUUAUGGUAUAACUAUUGUAUAAUUGUCACUAUCAAGUAUAACUUUGUGUGCACGACACACUGAGGUUAUUGGAUAGAACAAGAUAUAAAAGACAAUAAAACACAAACUUUUAGAUUGCUUUCUGCUUU